AUGACUUGUGUGUUUAAGUAAUGUAUAUCUUUAAAUCAUAAAAAUUACCAAAAGCAUUUUGACAUACAACUCUUAACAUCGCUGAAAGUGUAGCCUACAUAUAGGCAUUUAACCAUAAAGUGACUAAAAGUGCUGCUAUAAAUUUGAUUAGAAUUUUGUUAAUUUGUCUUGGCGCGUUUAUGUGUGCGUGUGCAUACGCGCGUAUCCGUAACAGCAGUGUGCACUAAUGGAUCCAAGAUAAUGUGUACAGCGCGCCGCCUUGGGACAUUGUAAGAUGAAGCAAAUAGGAGAAAACAUCAGUACCGACGACAUUUCAAACAACAUCUAAGUAAAUGCAAAUAUACAAACAUAAAUAGAAAGUGAAAGUGUGGCAAAGCUGCAAACCGUGCUUAACAUAUACAAACAAAUAAAGCCAACAAACAUACAAACAUACUUCUUCUCAUUAAGUGGAAAUAUAACAAAUCCUGAGCGGAAAAAAAGUCAGCGCUACACACCUAAUGGUAAUCCAAAUAAAGAUAUAUUGUUGCGAGAAGAAAAAUGUUAGUCAAUUAAGUGGACUUUUAAGAGUGAAGUGUUCGAUGAAAUCGAUUUAUCCGAUUUAUGUACCGCUGAAUGUAGUAUUAAGAAUAUAAAUCAUAGUUUUCAGGUAAUCACCGCCACACGUUCCCUUGUACUUUGUGCCGAAUCUCGCCGCGAAAUGGAAGACUGGCUGACCUCGCUUAAAUCCGCCUCAAUACCGGCGCGUGCGCGUGGCGAUAGUUUUUUUAUUGAGCAACAUGAUUUAUUCUCCAAUCAACAUCACUGGUAUGCGACUUCGCACGCUCGUCCCACCUUCUGCAAUGUAUGUCGCGAUAUACUCUCCGGCGUUACUUCGCACGGCCUCUCUUGUGAGGUAUGCAAGUGCAAAGUGCAUAAACGUUGUGCUGCCAAAGCUAUUGCCAAUUGUAAAUGGACUACAUUGGCCACUGUUGGCAAGGAUAUUAUUGAGGAUCGUGAUGGUAGUAUCAUAAUGCCACAUCAAUGGAUGGAGGGUAAUUUACCGGUAUCAUCGACGUGCUCGGUUUGUAAGAAGACUUGCGGUUCUGUGUUGCGUUUGCAAGAUUGGCGUUGUUUAUGGUGUCGCGAAACCGUACAUAUUGCUUGCCGACCACAAAUUUUAGUCGCUUGUCCACUAGGACCAGCGAAGUUAUCAGUUGUGCCGCCUACUUGUGUGCAUUCGAUUGGAAAUGAUGACUCUUGGGAUGUAGAGAGUCCGAAGGGUAAUUUUUCACCGCUGUUGGUUUUCGUCAAUUCGAAAUCAGGUGACAAUCAGGGCGUGAAGUUUUUGCGACGCUUCAAGCAGUUAUUAAAUCCUGCUCAAGUGUUCGAUCUCAUAUCCACCGGUCCCAGUUUGGGUUUGCGUCUUUUCAAACAUUUUGAAAUAUUUCGAAUCUUAGUUUGCUCCGGUGACGGUUCUGUGGGUUGGGUGCUCAGCGAGAUUGAUCGUUUCGGUAUGCAUAAACAAUGUCAAGUAGCAGUACUGCCUCUUGGUACCGGCAACGAUUUGGCGCGUGUUUUGGGCUGGGGCUCCUCAUGUGAUGAUGAUGCACAUCUGCCGCAAAUACUUGAACGUUAUGAAUCUGCUAGUACCAAAAUGUUAGAUCGCUGGAGCAUUAUGGUCUUCGAAAAAGCUGUCGCCGUUCAACCUAAAACGCCGAAAAUGUCAUUGUCGAGCACACAAGAAGCACUACUUACUGGUAUGGUAACGUCGGCUAAUUUAAAUUUGCGUAACAUUGUCGAGACCGAUGAUACGGAAACACUUAUUGCUGCCACCAAAACACUCUGCGAAACGCUCGAUGAACUAAUGAUGCAGAUCUCUGAAAGUCGUAAGGAUGACGAACAGUUAUUUGUAAAAUGUGACAUACUGCGUGAGAAGUUAGGCAUGUUGUUGGAAGCUUUGCGUGAAGAAGAGACCGGUGCACAUGCCGGUGACGACCUGUUAACGACAAUCAGUAGUAUUAUAUCAAAGAGUGCAGCCGCAUCUCCAAUUGCUUCCGCAACACCGUCGACAUCAGCUUCACUGCUUAAUCCAAACAUAUCAAUUGAGAAGGACGAGAAGGAUGAAAUUAAUACAAGUGAGCGUCGUAAUAGUCGCUCCUUGCAAUCUACCGAACGCGAAUCGCUGCAAUGUCGGGCUAACAGUGUUAAACGUGCCAUGUACAAUGUCAUCGAACACUCGGAACCUGGUCGACCCAAGCGUUAUCAGCGCAAGCUAUCCAUAACGCCAUUCGAAGCAUUAAAACUACCAACCAAUGCUUCGGGUGAAUCAACACCAUGCUCUUCGCCAAUACCAAUAAUACCGCCAAUAAAUAUAAUAUCACCCACUAUGGAAACCUCUCACUUAACGUGCAUAUCACCACUACCAGAUACACGUCGUGAUUCAGUCGACGAUAAUUUCUUCAAUUCCAUUAGUAUACCAGUACCGCGUCAAUUUGCCGAUAGUCGUCGUAGUUCGGGGGUACCCGAAGUAAUACAAGAGAUAGAAGAAAAUGGGCAAGGAGGAAGUAGUGAGAUUGUUUAUCGUGUCGGUAGAUUAUCACUAAGUGGUGGUGCAAAUAUUGAUGAUUUCGGCAAUCCUUUACCCAUAGUUGGUGACAAUACUGAUGUAAAUUCACCGUCCGAACGUAAAGUCGACUUUCUGAGUGUGCCGAUGUUAACAAGCGAACAGAUUGUAGAUCCGCUUUCAGACUAUCGUCCAAUAGAGGUAUUCGAACGCAACUACUACAUGAGUCGUGAGUUAGAUAAAGAAAAGAAACUCAAGCAUAGCAUGUAUACAGAUAGUGAGUGCAACAAUGGAGACGACAAGAAGGUGCAAACAAUACCCGAAAAGUCUAAGGAGUUACGUUUUAAUGACGAAGUAUGCCAGUUGCAGGUACCCAACGUAGUUAUAUCCCCUAAAGCCCCAAAUGUAUACUCAAGCGAAACUAUAACCAUCAUUGAUACAGAUGUGGCCACUGAGUUAUCCUCUUCAGAUGAAUUACCAGGUGGCGAGGCAAGUGAUGUGUUGUCAGCUAUUGGUGAUGAGGAAUGUAGCUUAACCUCUGAGAUAUUUGAUAAGCAACAAGAAAAUCAAGAACUUGGGCGUCCUCUGCAGUUAGGAGACAUAAUACAGAAUCUCGAUGCAAACUCCUUCACACACAUCGAUUCGCCGGAAACGAGCGAGGAGACGGAAGUCGUGCCAGGCGAAUCGUUUAUGGAUGAUAUUAGUUCGGUACUGGGUAAUGAUAUAGCAUGCGCACUACAGGACAAUACCAUAACCGAUGACACACCAACUCUAUGCUCGGACAAUCAAGCACCGCCAUUAAAAUCCAUACGCAAGAAAUCGCUCAGCAUGGGCGGUCAUCGUGGCAUACGACGUAACUCAUCUCCGCCACGCCGCGCACAAUUGGAACGCAUGGACAGCGAUGAGAAUCCGCAACAAUUCGGUUUCGAGAAUAUUGUUUUCGAAAUCGACAAUCGUUGCGAUGAUCAGAAAAUUCGUGAGCCGCCAAAAUAUUGCAGUUUGGCACAGUUUGUGGAGGGUAAUGACAUAGCACGCCAAAGCUUCAAGCGCCCGAAAAAGCGUUCGUCGCUACGUCAACCGAAAUCUGACAUACUUAUUUCACAACAACAACUUUCCAUUGAUGCAUCUACCACAACAACAUGUGCCACAAAUGUGAACGGUCAAAAUACUGAGGAUGAAUUGACCACAAAAAUGGCUAUAAAGAUCGAAGUAUGCGACAUCGAGACCCAUGUACAAGUGGAUAGUGGUGACAGUUUGGAACCGUCAACGUCUUAUGGCCAAAAUGAGCCGAAUAUAGCCACAAUGCCGCACAGCACAUUGAACAACCAAUCAACAAUAACAACAGCAACAACUCUUGGCUCAGCAAUGAGCACAUCGCCGAAAAAAUCCGGACACGGACAAGAUGUAAAGCGCAUUACUUUUGAUGAGUCCUGUAAGAAAGAAUCCUUUGAUGAUGUAAAUCCAAACUAUCCGCAGAUAAGUGUAGUUGUGCGCCCACCAACCCCAUUACGUGGAGACGCUAUCAAACCGAUGAAUGCAGCAUCGGCAGCCAAUCUACUGUCGGCCCGUAUGCUGCCGAUGGAGUUGAGGCGACAUUCAAGUCAUGCAACAACCAGUCUAACGGUGCGAGAACAUGCUGAGAAGGAUCGUCGACAUUCGGGUGUCAACCCAAAUUUGUUAAGUUUAGAUCCGGAACAUACGAAAUUCUUAAGCUCUUCACCGGCAGCAAGUCGACGCAUCAGCUGUGGCAGUCUCUUCAAGCCAAAUGAGGCGUUACCAAAUCUUCAGACACUUAAAGGUUCCAAGUCCAGUCUUUUUAUGGGUUCAGCACUAUUUGGUUUCGACCACAUGGGCGGCGGCAGUGGUGGUGGUAAUACUGGUGGUGACAAAGAACGUGACGAUAAGGGUAAAAAAGAUAAGGAUCGUCUAAUGAGUAAUGAAGAUGGCGCUAGGAAAAUGCCAAUCAUCAAUCCACUUGUGCGCCUACCUAAUUGGCCAACGCUAGCCAACAGUUCUGGGUUUAUCUCCAAGUGCUUGCUUGCAAAUGCAGACACGCUCUGCGCUGCUGUUAGUCCACUAAUGGAUCCCGAUGAAACCCUAUUGGCAGGCUAUCAUGAGAAAUGCGUUAUGAACAAUUACUUUGGUAUUGGUAUAGAUGCCAAAAUUUCACUCGAUUUUCAUAACAAAAGGGAAGAGCAUCCCGAGAAAUGUCGCUCUCGUGCCAAAAACUAUAUGUGGUACGGUGUGUUGGGUUCGAAACAGCUAUUGCAGAAAACAUGCAAGAAUCUGGAACAACGAGUACAGUUGGAAUGUGAUGGGCAGCGUAUACCGCUACCUUCCCUCCAGGGCAUUGUCAUAUUGAAUAUACCGAGCUUCAUGGGCGGCACCAAUUUUUGGGGAUCCAGCAAGAAGGACGAUAUCUUUCUCGUGCCCAGCUUUGACGAUCGCAUACUCGAAGUUGUUGCCGUAUUUGGUUCGGUACAAAUGGCCGCCUCUCGUCUCAUAAACCUACAACAUCAUCGCAUAGCACAAUGCCAUAGCGUACAGAUAAAUAUUUUGGGUGAUGAAGAGAUACCCAUACAAGUUGAUGGUGAAGCUUGGCUACAACCACCCGGCAUGAUUCGUAUAUUACAUAAGAAUCGUGUACAAAUGCUUUGUCGUAAUCGUCAUUUGGAAGUUUCACUGAAAUCUUGGCAAGAAAAGCAACGUCAACACAGCAUAUCUAUACAACGUGAACAAUCAUCGACUGCAUCCGAGCAUGCAAUGUCUACGGAUGAGGUGCUCUCCGAGCGUGAAUGCUAUGUGCUUUUGAACUUUAUUGAAGCAGUCAGUUCGCUUGUAAAAUGGGUGAAAUUCCUCAUCAUUUCACAUCCAUCAUUGCAACACGAUUUGUAUGCUGUGGCUUGUCGGGCCGCUGAGGUACUAGAAUCAAUACAUCCAAAUGGCAAAUUACUUGAGGGUCCCACACUGCGCACUAAACUUGUAGAAGUUAUCGAAUCUGCGCGUCAAUUAUACGAAGAUUCCUGCAAUUUAUUACGCGAUCGUGCACAUAGCUUAAUAUUGAGAGAGGAUCUCGAGACGAAGUUAAGUGCUGCAUUGGCCAAUAUCGAAAUGGAGCUGAAGAAAUGUUCGGUUCAGAAAAGUUGCGAUGGUAAAUUACGCGCUUACUUCAAUGCUUUGGCGCCAAAUGAAGAGGGUGAUGGUCGUCGCAAAUCCCGCCAUUUCUGGGUGCGUCUGCGCUCUGGUUCCACCGUGGGACAGACACAGCUGAAGCCACCACUAACUACAACACGCGAGGCUGCCAGCAAUUGGAGUGUUGACGAGGUGGUCACAUGGCUAGAGACAAUGCAGCUCUCUGAAUAUGUGGAGAGCUUCAUGAAGAAUGAUAUACGCGGUAAAGAGCUGCUAACGCUAGGCAGGAGAGAUCUGAAAGAUUUGGGUGUAGUUAAAGUGGGGCAUGUGAAGCGCAUAUUGCAAGCAAUCAAGGAUAUGAAUGAGAAUUAAAAGGCGGUCGUUUAAGUAAACAACUAGUAAUUGUAGUUUAACGGUACUAAUUUGAAAUGUAGCAAAAGGACAUCUUAAAGAUGGUAAGGCUAAAAAGAUAAAAGUGAACUUUUUAAUGAAGGUCAAAAAUGCAUAAAACAAUCAUCUAGUAAUUAACUAAAAGUUUAUAAGAGAAAUUGAGAAGUUGGAAACCGUUAAUAAGUGACAAAUACUUAUUAAAUGGUGUUUUUUUUUCGAAUAAAGAAGUUGGAACGUUAAUCAAAUGCAUUACUAUUAAAUUUUAAUUAAAAAUUUUUAAAUACCUAAAAUGUUGCUACAUAUAAACGAAGUAGUCUAAUGCAGUGGUAAAUAUGAACUUUGAGUAAUUCUAAUAUAAUAUUAUAAUAUUAACAAAAAAACACACAAUUAAAUACUCAAAAAAAAAAUAUUUUACACUUAUUCAUGCGUUUGUAUAAAAUCAAAACUUAUUAAAUAUAAACGAAUUUAAAUGUAGUUACAACAUGUAUUAUUGGUCAAUGUGUACCUCAGAAAUUUUUUAGGUACAAUUAUAGAGUACAGAUUUUUAUGAAAAAUUUUAAAAAGUUUAAAUUCAUACACAAACUGACCAGAAACAAAUAUGAAACAAACAUUUCUUUACGCUUUUAAGAUUUAGGUAGACAAAAUUACAACUUCGAAAUUUAUCACAGAAGCGAACCUUCGAGCAAAAUUAAAAAAAAUUAUUCUAAAUUUUUAAGCAAUUUAAAGUUGAACUAUCGUUAAUAUUUAACACUAAUAUCAUUAUUAUUCUAUAAAUUGUAACUCCACUCCGACAUUCCACUCACACAACCCACUACAAGUGUAUACCGUUAAAUGUAUAUACUCGUACAAAUAAUAUGCGCUAUGCAGUAAAGUCGUAUCGCAUCUAAUAAGUACUCGUAUAGAUUUUAUAAUUUUGUAAUUUAUGACGUGUUUUAAAUGUUCAAUAGCAUUGUUAAGAGAUCAGUAAAUUACCGUAGAUUUAAAUUACUUUGUAAGGUGAACGCAAUUAACUAUCAGUUAUACUUCCUAAAAUAUUUUUUCUAGAACAGUUACUUGUAAUUUAUUGUAGUCGACACAUAAAUACUAAAUACUCAUAACACGAAUACUUAAUUAUUUAUAAUGUUGUAAUUAUUUUUUUAGUUUAGGUUAGGCUUAUAUUUUACUUAGAGUGAAAUCAAAAGAGAGAGUGAUUUGACUAUCAAACAUUUUAUUAGGAGAGAGAUAGAGAGAGAAAGAGAAGUAGUAUUCAUUCAGUGCAUCUGUUCAAUUGCAUGACAGCCAAUAUUUUUUUUUAACAUUUUUUGUUCAUCGUUUCAGUCACUAUAGAUUUUAAUAUACAUUGCUGAUUUCUUUACGAAAAUAAGAAAAAAUCAAUAAUAUUUAUUAACUUCGGAAUACAGGGAAACUCUUGUUUGAAAAGAUAAAAAAAAAAAUUAUCACUAUUCAUUGAGGCAUUUUUUCGUGCCUGAACUAUUCUGAAGAAUCGCUUGCUCCAUUUUGUCCUAAGGAAUUCUUCUGAAUUGUUAGUGUAAUAUUUAUAAAGCAGACGUAUUCCAUAGAGCAGCACAAAAAUACUUUUAACACCGAUCCUCUGUGGCAACUUACUGCAAAUGCCAAGACUGCCAAAGAAGAGUGUCGAUCUUGGUACCGCAAAAGAGAAAUCUGCAAAACGAGAUUGUUUAUGACUCUGUAACUAACACCUAAGUAACGCAAUAUUGUUUACUGAGCGCCAGUUAACUCACGAUUACAACGCAAGUGCUGUCACUUUAUUUGAUCAACUGGUAUAGUGCCAAAACUUCAUUGCAUUCAAAAAAUCAGCUCGGAAACUAACACAUACACACGGUGCAACUGCAAGGUCUUGGCGUAAGAAAGAGAUGGAGAAUCACACGUGCACAAGAGAAAUUAAUAGAAACUUUAACAGAAAUCUAUGGUAGCGUUGUUGGGUAAUUAACCGAUGCCUUACCCGUUAGCUGACUAAUAGGGCUUAAUUCAAUGCACUACUCUCCACAAUUAAGAUGCUUUGACUGAAUGAAUAUUAUCUUAUUAUCAAAGCCGGUUGGUAAGCGUGCAGCAAAAUUCUGCAUAAAUAAAUACCAAUAUUUAUUUCAAAGGAAAAAAAUUUACUAUUAUAAACGGCCUUUUGAAAUAUUCUAUAAAACACAAUUUGACAAAUUUUUUUUUCUUGUUUUAUUUUUAUUACAUAUUACACAUAUUCAUAUAGAUAUUGCAAACUGCAGGCGAUAAACCGAAAAUAUUAGAGAAAAUAACUGAUUUAUCUAUGAAUUAUAUGAUUAUAUAUAGUUCAAAGAUAAAUUAAGCUGCAUAUUUAAGCACUUACAUUAACGAAAAUCUAUAAAUUUGUAUUAAAACAUAUAUAUAUGGUAGACUUAUGUAUGUAUAUAUGUAUGCAUGUCAACUAAUACAAAGUCUUUGAAAAAAAAAGAACGAAAACCCGCAGAAAUAUUCAAUAUUUUAUAUAUAAUAUAUUAAAUGUAGGCACUUUUUUUCUUAACAAAAACAAUAAGAUAUAAAACAUUUUUGAAAUUUUUCCUUGAAUGUCUCCUAUUGGGGAAGAUUUUGAAAAUGCCUUAAGAUAACUAUAAACUUAAAAGUUUAAUGCAAAUCAUUAAAAUAAUAAAUAAGAGACAAAACAUAAAUAUUUGGGCAUAACUGUAAACAAACCUUUUGAGUAUGUCUAAAAUUUUCGCUGACAAAGAAAUUAUGAGCCCAGAUAUACUCAAAACGUUUAGCAAGGAAAUAUUACAUAAAGACAUUUAAACAUAUUGUUUUUGAUUUACAUAUUUAAAAUUUCCGAAACUUCUUAAAGAUUUUCAUUCUUUUUUUUUGCUUUUUUGAUUGAAAAAUAUAUUUUAGCCUUCUAAAUGCAUAUACCUAUGUGUAUAUUUAAUUAUUUUUUUUUUACGAAACUGUUUUUGCUGCAUUUACUACUUAAUUAAACGAAAAAACUUUUUGAGUUGAGCACAGCAAAAGUAUUUUUGAACGAAUUAUAUUAUAAAAUUUAUAUAUAUAUAGUUAUAUUUUAGGUGUAGUCAUUACUUAUUACUUAUUUGUAGAUGUAUUCAUUACAGUUCUUACUGUUUAUCUCAAAGAAUUAAUUAAAAAAUAUGGAAAUUCAAACGAUUUACGCUUAAAAUGAGGACAUGAAAUAUUUUAUUAGUAUUUAGACAACAUUUGUACUAACAUUUAAGCUCAUACAAUUUAAGCACAAAAAUAAAUAGUGUAAUCUUGAAAAACAAGAAAACAAUAAAUUAAAAUACUUGUAUGUAAACAACUUGCUGUAAACUAAAAAUGAAAAUUAAAAAAAUUAUAAAUGGCUUCAAAUUCCACUCUAAAAAUUAUACAAAUAAAAAUUGUAAUCUUUUCCCCCAUAGUUAAAUGUAUUUAAAGUCAAUACACUAAUCAUUUGUUGAAUUAAAUGAAAAUUAAAGUAAGAAAAACAUUGUAAAUCAUGGUAACGCAGGUUAUUACUAAUUUUUUAUAUGUAGCUAAAAGUACUAUAAAUGGUCAAAAUAUUGCAAACAGCAGGCGAUAUGGCGAUAAUGUUUAAAAAUAAUAUUUCGUAGAUGUUUGAUAAAGUUAGGAUGGUUUUAACAUUUGCGUACACAAUUCACUAAAUUUGAGGAUAAAAAUUCAGCAUAAAUGUUAUUUUAAUAUCGUAACGAUGCAUGAAUUACUGACUCAUGCCGUAAUAUUUCUCUAGAAUCCAUAUUUCAAACCCAAAUUCCCUAAGUUUGGUCAUUUUCAACUUAUAUGCUAUUCGUAUUGACAAAACCUCGCAUAUCCAAUAUCAUUUUUGACUAUGACUAUAUUAUAUGAACUGUAUUCUUUAAGGUACAGUCAGUUGUAUGCAAGUAAAUUAAAUUUUAGUCACAACUAUAAGAGUGGUUUGUGAAAACAUUUUGUUAAAUUUGAUAUUGACUAUAUUUUACAUUUGCGUUGCAUAGGCACUGCUUUCUUUAUGGCGUAUUCACGCGUUUAAUUAGAAAUUAAUUUUUAACAAGUCUUUCAAUCACGCAAGCCUAAUUUUCGAAUACAAAAAUACUUGUACCUUUUAUAAAGAUUUUAAAAAAUUAUUUCAAUUAAAUAUAAAUAGAAAUUACGAAUGUUAAAUUUAUUGACAAAAAAUAUUCCAUUCGUAAAAAUUUGUUUCCAAGUUUUUUUUUUAAACAUAUUUAUGUAUAUGUUUGUAUUUUUUAUGGAUUUAAUUUCGUACUCGCUCGUACGUUUAGAAAAUGUUUAUGCUAACUUUCUCUUCUAUAAAUAUGUACUGUUGCUUGUAUUUUUUAUAGAUUUAAUUACGUAUAUGGACAAACUGUUCCUAGUAUCUUUAAUUAAGCUAUAAUAUAAAUCAAAUUCAUUAAUUCACAUAUCAAGUAACAACCAUAUUACCGUAUAUAUCCAAGUUAAUCCAUAUACGUUUUGCAUGCGACAUUAAACUAUUUUUACAUAAAAUAAAUCAUCUAUAUUUGUUUAUAUUUAUAUAUACUCAUAUAUGUACUAUUACAUUUAUUAGCUACACAAGAUAUACUAACAUUCCAUUUAAAUCCUGUGUUCGAAAAACCAAAAGUAUUUGUUAAACCUUUAAAGACUGCUAAAUUCAGUAAAAUCUGUGAUAUUUUUGCAGUCUCUAUUUUUAAAUUACACAAAUUAAUACAUAAAAUUUAAAAUGAAAUACGAAAAUUAAUAACACAUUUCUGGUAAUAACUAAUAGUUACAUACAUUUUUACAUAUGUAUGUUGUCACAUGAUGUUGUAUUUCAAAUGUGUUUCUCAAAAUGUGCUCAUAUGUGUUUUGAUGUCAUCAAGAGGCACUUACAUAAGCCGCUCCUUGCUAAGAAACACUUUUGAGCGGAACUAGUUAAUUGUAUACUUUCUAAAAACGUUUUUUUCUUUUGAAGUACAAUCAAAGAAAAAAAAUACAAUAAAAUAAAAUUAGUUAUUAAGUAUUAGUUAUUAAAUAUAUAUAUAUGCAGAUAUGUAUAUGCAUAUUAGGGUGUUUAUUAUUUUCCAAGUAAAAUGUUUUUCACAAGCAUCUCCUAAAGUUUUAGUUUGCGCUAAAAACUAAGAACCAACUUAAACAAACUCUUUAUUGAAAUCGUGGAUAAAUUUAAUUUCUUUUUAAAUGUUUAUAAUUUGUGGCUUUUUGAUAGUUUGCAUUAAGCAAGUAACUCUAAAACUUUCAAAAAGUCAUAUUCUCAUACAAAAUGUUCCAUAUCUGCCAUACAAAAUGAACAAUCGUAAUCAAGUGCUUGUAUGGAAAGCUUUUUUAUUUAAAGAGAUAUUGGCAAGAAAUUUGGCAUGGCUUAUUGUCUGAGGCAGUGGUGCAAUCGCCGAAGAAAUUGUUCAGACCGAGUGACUAUAACAUAAGGAGUCUUUGUAUUGGUGAAGGGUAUUAUGGCUUCGGUGCAACCGAUGUUAACGUAUUUUUUUUUUGUUUGAGAACAAAAAAUGAAAAUUCAAGUAAUGUUUGCAAAAAAAAGUCAACUUGGGAAAUAACAUACACCCUAAUAUAUAUACAUAUACAUAUAAACAAACGAAAACUAACACACAAAAUCAUGAAAGACUACAUCUGAACUUUUACUCGCAUUAAGGUUGAAGAGCAAAGAGCAAUGCAACAGUACGAAAACGUUAUACUUGUAGGCUUACAACUAAUGUAUUUCUACAUUACUGUGCCGUCAGUUACUGUAGACUCAACUAUGUUAAGGCAUAGAUAAAUACAAAUGUAGCUGUGUAUUUAACAAAUUGAUACAAUCUGAUUGUUAAUAGUUGCGCUAAUCUAGAAGACACUUAGUUGUGAAGUUAGAAUAACGAAAUUAAAGGCAUUUUGACAAAAACAUACACACGCAUUUACAUGUAACUAAUAAAUAAACAUAUUACAUAAGUGUAAACAAGCAUGUAACUUUUCCAGUUACAUAUGUAUGUAUAUGUAUAUUCAUAAUCUACAUGUUGGUUAAUUAAAUGAACAAAAAUUUUAAAAUCUUUUAAGAAAACAAAAACAAGAACAAAAACAAAACUAAACAAAAGUUUAAAUUGCAAGAAAUUAACUUUAAUAUAAUUGUAAGUGUAUAAUUCUACCAACUGAACUAAGUACAGCCAUUCCAUACAACAAUUACAUACCAACAUGUUUAUUUAAUUGUCUAAAUAUCUAUAUAUAUAUAUAUAUAUGUGAAUGCAAAAGCAAAAUGUUUAUAAAAUAUAGAGAUCAAUUUUGUAAAUGUACUAUAUGUUAUACAGCAAAAAACUCCACUAGUAACCAUACAUAUGUUUGCAAAUUCUAAGUAUUUUUGCAAACUCUAACUGUUUUGACCAAAUCAAAAACUUUAAUAGCAAAAACUUCAAAGUUCAAUACUAAAAGAGAGAAAUGUAUACCAUUUCACUCACAACAAUAGUUACACACGCCAAUUGUUUUUUUAUAUAUUACACAACACGACAAACACUUCAACAUUCUCUUAUAAAACAAUAUGGCAUUGAAUGCACCACUUUCGAAACGCAAGAUUAUUCUGCAUUGAGUACAGUCAUUUUUCAACACUUUCUAAUGCUCCAUUGUUUCAAAAAUCGAUCUAAAUUAGUUCUGCUUUCAAAAAUGAAGCUCAUAUAUAAGAAAUUUAGAAUGAAAGUGCUGUUAGACUGCACAAGCAGAGCGCUGCUACAAAUUUAAUUUUCUCUUUUCAUUAAACAGAAAAAUUUUGCAAAAACUAAAAAAUUACUGCACAAAAUUGUUCGCUAGAACUUUCCUACGCUUAUAAACAAUUCACAUUCAUUGUAGACAUUAUAGAAUUGCAGUGCUGUUAACAGUUAACAGCCAGCUACAAAGGCAGCUGCUAAGUAAUGUUGUGCAUGCCAACAGUACAAUGAAUAGCUAAUGUUGUUUUCGGAUGAGUUCGAAAGUAUUGAAAAUUCAAGAUGACAGUAAAAAAUAUUUUUUGCAAUAUAUUUCUAGAAGAGUUAACAAUUAGAUAUACACUCUAUAAUGCUCCGUCAUUGCAGUAACAUGCUCUGUAACAUAUUCUCUACAGCUGUAUGUAAAGUUUAUAAAUAAUCUAAAUUUCCUUCCCUAGAGCAUUUUUAUUUAUUUCCUGUAUGACUUAAUGCUAGUUAAGAGUGCAUACAAAUACAUUGCAAACAAUGAGGAAUUUAAAAACAUUUAACAGCGAAACGCUAUGUUAAUUUGCACAGAUCAUAUAAAUGCAUGUUAAGAAAACUGAAACAAACAUACACAUACUUACACAGCAAAAUACAAUAAACUAAUACUCAACUACAGCUGAGAUAUGUUAACGAACAAACAAUAAUGAUUUUCAAUAAAGUUUAAUCCUCUACUGCAGAAAA